GUCCGGCCCCCUUGCUGCCCGCUAGCUCCCGCCGGCUGGCGCAAGCUGUCGGCGCCGGGGCACUGCGGGCGGGGUCGGGGCCUGGCCUUCCUGACGUUGCAGCUGCCGUCCCCGCACGUUCCGGCCAGGGCCUCCCUCUUAGGGCCGGGCGGAGCCCGUGGCUGAGGCUGCAGAGUAGGGAAGCGAGCGGCUGCCGAGGCACAGCAGCGAUCCGGCGGGGGCGGAAAAUGGCGGCGGCUUCGGAGGAGCUAAAUGGCGCCGGGACCCCUGGGGGGUGGGGUGGGCCGGGAGGUUGAGUAGAGAACUGGGCCAGAAGGAGUGGAGACAGUAAGGAAGCGCUACUUUCUCGUGGUGUUCUAUUUUUAGUUUUUAUUUUUGUUACGUUUUCGGUUUUGUUUUAUGGUCCAGCGUAGGAGAGGUAGGCUUGGGUGGGGUUGAGAGAGUGGGGGUGGGUCUCGACCCAACUUCCCCCCCCUUUGCUUUUUUGUUCUUUUCCCUCGUUUGCGCUUUAGAUUCUUCUGUAAUUUUGCGGGGGUUCAGCCUUGCUCGGCGAUUCACGGCCCAGGCAUAGAGAAUCGGGAUAGCUGGCCGAACCGUCUCUGUCAGUCUGACUCUCUUUAAAGAAGGAAUGUGGGCUGGGGCGCGGGGACAGUCCUGGUGGAGCACGGAAAAUGCGGCUGUAAAGUAGUAAUUACCCUAUUGUGCCGAGUUCCGAGAAAGUUCUUAAAAUUGUUAAGUCCACUUUUUUCUCUAAAAUGUACUUCGCUUUGAGAAUUUCUUCAGGGAGUUGAUAGGCUCACCCCAAAAUAUGCUUUUUGGGACUGAUUUAGCACCUGCAUAUUCUGCGUGAAUCUCUUUAAUUGGUUGCAGUUGAGCUAAUGGUGGAGCCAAAAUGCUAUUGCCCUGUCUUCAUCAACAUUUAAUCAAGUGUUGCGGAGAUAGGAACAUGGGAGAGAAACAAUCUGGAUAACAUGAAAGUGAUGCUGGUUGCUAAGGGAAGGCAACCUGAUUCUGUGGGAAGGGCUGUAGCUGAUCCAUCCGUUGUCUAGAUUUGAGUAUGAGCACAGUGGAAGAGGAUUCUGACACAGUAACAGUAGAAACUGUGAACUCUGUGACUUUGACUCAGGACACAGAAGGGAAUCUCAUUCUUCACUGCCCUCAGAAUGAAGCGGAUGAAAUAGACUCAGAAGAUAGUAUUGAACCUCCACAUAAAAGGCUUUGUUUGUCCUCUGAGGAUGAUCAGAGUAUUGAUGAUUCUACUCCUUGCAUAUCAGUUGUUGCACUUCCACUUUCAGAAAAUGAUCAGAGCUUUGAGGUGACCAUGACUGCGACCACAGAAGUAGCAGAUGAUGAGGUUACUGAGGGGACUGUGACACAGAUACAGAUUUUGCAGAAUGAGCAACUAGAUGAAAUAUCUCCCUUGGGUAACGAGGAAGUUUCAGCAGUUAGCCAAGCAUGGUUUACAACUAAAGAAGAUAAGGAUUCUCUGACUAAUAAAGGACAUAAAUGGAAGCAGGGGAUGUGGUCCAAGGAAGAAAUUGAUAUUUUGAUGAACAAUAUUGAACGCUAUCUUAAGGCACGCGGAAUAAAAGAUGCUACAGAAAUCAUCUUUGAGAUGUCAAAAGACGAAAGAAAAGAUUUCUACAGGACUAUAGCAUGGGGUCUGAACCGGCCUUUGUUUGCAGUUUAUAGAAGAGUGCUUCGCAUGUAUGAUGACAGAAACCAUGUGGGAAAAUAUACACCUGAAGAAAUUGAGAAGCUCAAGGAGCUCCGGAUAAAGCAUGGCAAUGACUGGGCAACAAUAGGGGCGGCGCUAGGAAGAAGUGCAUCUUCUGUCAAAGAUCGGUGCCGACUGAUGAAGGAUACUUGCAACACAGGGAAGUGGACAGAAGAAGAAGAAAAGAGACUUGCAGAAGUGGUUCAUGAGUUGACAAGCACUGAGCCAGGUGACAUAGUCACACAGGGUGUGUCUUGGGCAGCUGUGGCUGAACGAGUGGGUACCCGCUCAGAAAAGCAAUGUCGUUCUAAAUGGCUCAACUACCUGAAUUGGAAACAGAGUGGGGGUACUGAAUGGACCAAGGAAGAUGAAAUCAAUCUCAUCCUCAGGAUAGCAGAACUUGAUGUAGCUGAUGAAAACGACAUUAACUGGGAUCUGUUAGCUGAGGGAUGGAGUAGUGUCCGUUCACCACAAUGGCUACGAAGUAAAUGGUGGACCAUCAAAAGGCAAAUUGCAAACCAUAAGGAUGUUUCGUUCCCUGUCUUAAUAAAAGGUCUUAAACAGUUACAUGAGAACCAAAAAAACAACCCAACGCUUUUGGAGAAUAAAUCAGGAUCUGGAGUUCCAAACAGUAAUACCAAUUCCAGUGUGCAGCAUGUUCAGAUAAGAGUUGCCCGCUUGGAAGAUAAUACAGCCAUCUCUUCUAGCCCCAUGGCAGCAUUGCAGAUUCCAGUCCAGAUCACCCAUGUUUCUUCAGCAGACUCUCCUGCUACCGUUGACUCAGAAACAAUAACACUAAACAGUGGAACACUACAGACAUUUGAGAUUCUUCCCUCUUUCCAUCUACAGCCCACUGGCACUCCAGGCACCUACCUACUUCAAACAAGCUCAAGCCAAGGCCUUCCCCUAACUCUGACUGCUAGUCCCACAGUAACCCUGACAGCUGCUGCUCCUGCUUCUCCUGAACAGAUUAUUGUUCAUGCUUUAUCCCCAGAACAUUUGUUGAACACAAGUGAUAAUGUUACAGUGCAGUGUCACACACCAAGAGUCAUCAUUCAGACUGUUGCCACAGAGGACAUCACUUCUUCCAUAUCCCAAGCAGAACUGACAGUCGAUAGUGAUAUUCAGUCAUCUGAUUUUCCUGAGCCUCCAGACGCCCUAGAAGCAGACACUUUCCCAGAUGAAAUUCAUCACCCUAAGAUGACUGUGGAGCCAUCAUUUAAUGAUGCUCAUGUAUCCAAAUUCAGUGACCAAAAUAGCACAGAACUGAUGAAUAGUGUUAUGGUCAGAACAGAAGAAGAAAUCUCUGACACCGACCUUAAACAAGAGGAAUCACCCUCUGAUUUAGCCAGUGCUUAUGUUACUGAGGCUUUAGAGUCUCCCACUAUAGAAGAACAAGUUGAUCAAACAAUUGAUGAUGAAACAAUACUUAUCGUUCCUUCACCACAUGGCUUUAUCCAGGCAUCUGAUGUUAUAGAUACUGAAUCUGUCUUGCCUUUGACAACACUAACAGAUCCCAUACUCCAACAUCAUCAGGAAGAAUCAAAUAUCAUUGGAUCAUCCUUGGGCAGUCCUGUUUCAGAAGAUUCAAAGGAUGUCGAAGAUUUGGUAAACUGUCAUUAGAAUAAUUCUUAGAAAUAGGCAGUUCAAGCAAAGAAGGCCCACUGUUAAUUACAACCUCUUCAAAGAAAUAGGAGCAACCCCCAAGAGGCUUAAUUUACCAAUUUAAAUAGCCACAGUGCUUAAGCCACACACAUUGUUGCUGCUAUGACUUUUUACCUCCUUUAAACACAUCAUCUGAGGUUGAGUUUUAUGACAGUAUGUAGUUGAGUGGAGGCUGGGAGUUUUAAGCAUAAAUCCCUGUUUAGUGUUACAUGGGAAUAAGGAAUUUCAUUCACUUCAGCCACUAAGAAAAGUUUAGAAUCACGAAAGCUUAACUGCUGUGGUUUAAAGUACAGUUUCUCUAAAGAUCAGACAUGGCACUGUCUCCUCUCAAGUAAGCCUGGUUGUAGUUCAGAUGAGUCUUUUCAACAUGGUCUAGAGCUUACCAGUGAUCUUCUGAUCUUCAAGAAGACUAAGUUUGAGACUUGACCAGCAUACAAGUAUAGAGACCUAGGAGGUGGUCUUGUGGUGGUUACAUUUGGUUAACCCAUUGCUGGCAGUGGGAGCUGAUUUAGGCAGGGUAAACAGGAAAGCAUUAAAAGUUAAAAUUCACUACAGGUUUUUUGUUACUUUUAAAGGGAAUAUGGAUAAGCAUAGUAACAAAACCCACCAGAAUCUAAGCAGUUUUCACCCCCUCAGAAACCACUGUCAUUAGUUUACAAAGUUAGCACUUUGAAAUAAAACUAAAUGAGGAAGGAAGUAAUGUUACCUAUCUUUGAUACCAUGACCAUUUAUUAGAUGUUUUGCUAUAUAAAUUACCGAGAGAAUAGUUUGUCAUCCACUUAGUGUGUUAGCUGGUGGGGUACAAUAUAACCUCUCAUCUCAGGCAAUUUUAAAAAAACAAUAUUUGCUUCUAUAACAAAAGGAAACAAAUCUAAGAAUCAUUCCUGUACUACAGAAGGGUUAAGGCAAAGGUAGCCUUUUGGGCUUUUUAAUGAAUAUGACCCCUAUAGAAAAGUCAAGAAAAAAAAAACCUUGUAUAAAUUAUUUUAUUUAUUAUUGUAAUUAGAUCUUCACAAAGUUGUCUUUUCACUGUCUGUUUUGUCAACGUGAAAUUAAAUUGUAGUUAUAAGCAAAAGUUGGUUGCCUAGGGAACAAUUGUAUAUUCAGUUUGACAGAAAUAAAAGAAUAUUUGUCUUAA